AUGCCAGUUUCAGCAUCUAAAGCAAGAAGAGACGCCAAAAAGGCGCAAAAGGCCAAGGAGGGAAAGCUCAACACGAAGAGACUGUCAAAAAAGGGAAAGGAAAAACUCGAGAUGGAAGAUAGCAUUGAUACUACCUCUUCUAAGAUUGCUAGUAUGAAGUUGCAACAGGACAAGGAUGGAUUAUCAGAUCGUGUGACUACUGGUGUUUUGGAAUCAUUGAAGACUUCAAGAGAUAUUAAGAUGUCUUCAGUUUCGUUGCUUUUCCAUGGUAAGGUGAUGAUUCAAGACUCCAAUUUGGAGCUCAACUAUGGUAGAAGAUACGGAUUUGUUGGCGAGAACGGAUGUGGUAAAUCGACAUUUUUGAAGGCCAUUGCAACAAGAGAAUACCCGGUUCCCGAAAAUAUUGACAUCUACUUAUUGGACGAGCCUGCAGGGCCAACAGAGUUCUCUGCUCUGGAGUACGUUGUUAGAGAAGGACAAGCUGAAUUGAAGAGACUGGAGAAGGAGGUUGAAGAUAUUAUUGUCAACGAUGGCCCCGACUCUGAAUUAUUGGAUCCGUUGUAUGAGAGACUAGAUGAUAUGGAUGCUGCUACUUUUGAAUCAAGGGCUGCCAUUAUGUUGACUGGUUUGGGUUUCAAUUCUGUCACCAUCAAGAAGAAGACUAAGGAUAUGUCUGGUGGUUGGAGAAUGAGAGUUGCUCUUGCCAAAGCUUUGUUUGUUAAGCCUACAUUGUUGUUGUUGGAUGAUCCUACGGCUCAUUUGGAUUUGGAAGCAUGUGUGUGGUUGGAAGAGUACUUGAAGCGUUUCGACAGAACGUUAAUUUUGGUGUCUCAUUCGCAGGAUUUCUUGAAUGGUGUCUGUACUAAUAUUCUUGAGAUGAGGAGCAAAAAAUUGACGAUGUUCUCCGGUAACUACGAUACUUAUAUUAAGACCAGAGUCGAGUUAGAGACAAACCAGACGAAGCAGUAUCAUAAGCAGCAGGAUGAAAUUACCCACAUUAAGAAAUUCAUUGCUUCCGCUGGUACUUAUGCAAACUUGGUUCGCCAGGCCAAAUCCAGACAGAAGAUUUUGGAUAAAAUGGAGGCCGAUGGUUUGGUUCAGGCGGUGGAAGAGGACAGAGUAUUCAAAUUUCGCUUCACUGACGUUGAGAGAUUACCACCACCUGUUCUUUCUUUCGAUGACAUUUCAUUUUCUUACGAUGGCAAGCCAGAGCAUAAUUUGUAUGAGCAUUUAUCAUUUGGUGUUGAUAUGGACUCAAGAACUGCUCUUGUGGGACCUAACGGUGUCGGUAAAUCCACUUUAUUGAAAAUUAUGACAGGCCAAUUGAAUCCUCAACAAGGUAGAGUGUCUAGACACACACAUAUAAAAUUGGGUGUCUAUUCGCAGCAUUCUGCAGAGCAGUUGGAUUUAACCAAAUCUCCAAUUGACUUUGUCAAGUCAAAACAUUCAGAUGUUUCUCAAGAUCCUCAAUACUGGAGAGGUCAAAUGGGCAGAUACGGUUUGACUGGAGAUUCACAGACAGCUAAGAUGGGCACUCUUUCCGAGGGACAGAAAUCCAGGGUUGUGUUUGCAUUGUUGGCCAUGGAUGGUCCUAACAUUCUAUUAUUAGAUGAGCCUACCAAUGGUUUGGAUAUUCCAACCAUUGAUUCUUUGGCCGAAGCAAUUAAUGCAUUCAACGGUGGUGUUGUUGUCGUGUCUCAUGAUUUCCGUUUGUUGAACAAGAUCGCCAACGAGAUUAUGGUUGUUGAAAACAAGACAGUUACCAAAUGGGAGGGUACCAUCUUGGAUUACAAGAAGAAGUUGGCCAAGAACGUUGUGUUAUAA